CCGCCACGCUGACCCCUGCCCUCUCCACCUAUUCUGUAGCUUCCGAAGGAGCCAGCCCUGGGCCACCCCUGGGGCCCGGGCCCCGCCAGGCCUGGGCCGGGCUCUGCCCUGACGCCUGCACUGACUGGCUGGCUUACUCAGGACCACGCCAACCCAGCCCUCCAGGAGCCUCGGGGAGCAUCGCUCCUGCAUCUCCUUGACCAGGCAGGACACGGGCCCAGAGCGGGGCAGGCCCAAGGUCAAAGCGCCGGUCAGGUCCGUGCCAGCGCCAGGCCUUCCACGCGGCUUUUCCGAUGCCAGGUCCGCUCUUCACCUCGUCUGGCUGCCCGGGGCGGUCUCCCCUGCCUCCCAUCACGCGCCCCACUGGGCUUUUGAGGUGCCACCCAGCAACCCGAGAGAGGCGGGCAGGGCAGGGCCGGCUCCUGGGUGCCCUGCCGGGGGGCACUGGCGCCUGAGUGGCUCUGAGGGGCUGGGUGGGAAGUGGGAGGCCAUUAGGACCCAGAAGCUCUGGGAGCAUCCUCCCUGCCGCUGCCUCUCACGCUCACUGCAGUGGCUCCGGCAGCAGCAGCCUUGGAGCAGCCGGGAGGAGCUAUCACAUGGGCCCCGGAGCUGCCGGGCAAAGAUGCCUUGACGAGGAAUCUGAAGUUCGGAGGAGUCACUGCGUUAGCCGUUCCCAGACCUUGGGUUCUUUCUGCCCCCACCUGCACCUGCCGCUGCGAGGAGACGAGAAACCAGGAAACGUGUGUGAACAGCCUUAAACCCGGGCACUGGCCGGGCGCUCACAGGACCCUGGGAACGGGGCACAGAUCCAGACUCUCGGGAUAAGGCGUCCUAGAGAGGGGAGAAGGGUCUGGACCACAGAGGAAAGAAGGUGGUGACGAAGGAGCCGGAGACCAGUCAGCGGGUGGAGUGUUGAGUGGCCGAGGCUCCCCCAUCCCUCACGUCUGUUUCCUCUGAGGUCAUGGUCACCGAGGCAGACCCUGAGCUACCUCCCGGCGGAGAGAUGAGCUCCUGAGCCUGUUACUGGCCCGGGGCUCCGCACAGCCGCCCACCUCCCUCCAAGGCUGGCCCCCGGAGCGUGCCUGAGAGACUCCAGCAGGAGGUGCCCUCUCCCGCCACCCCCACUCACAGCACUGGGAAGCCGGGGCCUGGGCCGGCCAUCCCAGGGCCACUGGACUAGGAUGGGGGAUGGGCCUGUGACAGGAGGUGCCCUGGGUGUCCUCUUCCGGCCCCAUGGAGUCCUCACCCAUCCCCCAGUCAUCAGGGAACUCUUCCACUCUGGGGAGGGCUCCCCAGACCCCGGGUCCCUCUACCGCCAGCGGGGCCCCGGAGGUGGGGCUGCAGGACGUGGCCUCGGAGUCCGUGGCCCUCUUCUUCAUGCUCCUGCUGGACCUGACCGCCGUGGCCGGCAACGCCGCUGUGAUGGCCGUCAUCGCCAAGACCCCCGCCCUCCGGAAAUUCGUCUUCGUCUUCCACCUCUGCCUGGUGGACCUGCUGGCCGCCCUGACCCUCAUGCCCCUGGCCAUGCUCUCCAGCUCCGCCCUCUUUGACCAUGACCUCUUCGGGGAGGUCGCCUGCCGCCUCUACGUGUUCCUGAGCGUGUGCUUUGUCAGCCUGGCCAUCCUCUCCGUGUCGGCCAUCAACGUGGAGCGCUACUAUUAUGUGGUCCACCCCAUGCGCUACGAGGUGCGCAUGACGCUGGGGCUGGUGGCCUCCGUGCUGGUGGGGGUGUGGGUGAAGGCCUUGGCCAUGGCCGCCAUGCCCGUGCUGGGGAGGGUCUCCCGGGAGGAGGGGGUGCCCAGCAUCCCGCCAGGCUGCUCCCUCCAAUGGAGCCGCAGUGCCUACUGCCAGCUGUUCGUGGUGGUCUUCGCUGUCCUCUACUUCCUGCUGCCCCUGCUCCUCAUCCUGGUGGUCUACUGCAGCAUGUUCCGCGUGGCCCGCGUGGCCGCCAUGCAGCGCGGGCCGCUGCCCACGUGGAUGGAGACGCCCCGGCAGCGCUCGGAGUCCCUCAGCAGCCGCUCCACCAUGGUCACCAGCUCGGGGGCCCACCAGACCACCCCGCACCGGACGUUCGGGGGCGGGAAGGCGGCCGCGGUCCUCCUGGCCGUGGGGGGCCAGUUCCUGCUCUGCUGGCUGCCCUACUUUUCUUUCCACCUCUAUGCGGCCCUGAGUGCUCAGCCCACGUCCACGCGGCACGUGGAGAACGUUGUGACUUGGAUUGGCUACUUCUGCUUCACUUCCAACCCCUUCUUCUAUGGCUGUCUCAACCGGCAGAUCCGGGGGGAGCUGAGCAAGCAGUUCGUCUGCUUCUUCAAGCAGGCCCCCGAGGAGGAGCUGAGGCUGCCCAGCCGGGAGGGCUCCAUCGAGGAGAACUUCCUGCAGUUCCUGCAGGGGACCGGCUGCUCCACGGAGUCCUGGGUGGCCCGGCCCCUCCCCAGCCCCAAGCAGGAGGCCGCGGCUGUGGACUUUCGAAUCCCAGGCCAGAUAGCUGAGGAGACCUCUGAGUUCCUGGAGCAACAACUCACCAGCGACAUCAUCAUGUCAGACAGCUACCUCCGUCCGGCCCCCUCGCCUCGACCUGAAUCCUGAUGGGCUGCUGGACUCGUGGAGGGAGGUGGGGCCGGGGCCGGUCAGGACUGCAAGGAGCGCCUGGCGGGGGCU